CGUCGUCUGCUAGACAGGAGGGCUGGGGCGGCCAUCACACUUUAUAGUUGUGCCCGCUUGCCAAAACGCCAGAGAAAAGCCAAUAAUAAUCGCACGCCCGGUGAAGUGGGGGCGGGUUGCGUGCGCCGAGUCCAAAGUGUGACCUCUGGGCGACCCCCCUUCGAGCUGAGGCAGCCCUGGCAAGCGGCAGGGAAGUCAAGAGACUCUCUUUGGACGGUCGCGGGACGCAGCAGGAGCGCUCAAAGGACAUAACCUCACCUCCCCUCGACCAAGUUUGAGAAAACCCGCGGCACAAUGGCAGAGGUACCAAGGCUCAACUUAGAUAUGACACCUUUCAAGGAGGCAAAGCUCCCAAUUAUCUGGGUCCUUGGUGGCCCUGGCUCGGGCAAGGGAACGCAGUGCGUUAAAAUUGUGGAAAAGUUUGGUUACACUCAUAUUUCGUCCGGAGAUCUUCUGAGAGCUGAAGUUGCUUCAGGGUCAGAUCUUGGCAAGUCCUGUGAAGCGAUCAUGAAGUCAGGCAGCCUGGUUCCAACGGGUGUGAUCAUGGACCUAAUGAAGAAGGCUAUCCUUGAGGCAGUUCCCACCUCCAAGGGUUACCUUAUUGAUGGUCUACCUCGAGAAUUGGGGCAAGCAAAAAUAUUUGAAGAAGAGAUAUCCCCUUGCGCACUUGUUCUGAACUUUGAGGUGUCAGAUGAGACCCUUAAGGCCCGCCUUCUUGAAAGAGGAAAGGGCUCUGGCCGUGUUGAUGACCAGAAUAUUGAAACCAUCUUGGCUCGCAUUGAAACUUUCCACCAGAUUUCCGAGCCAGUCAUCAAACAAUACGCCAACUUAUGCAAAACGAUCAGUGCUGAACGUGCUGUAGAUGAGGUUUUUGCUGAUGUAGAGAAGGCCCUAAGUUCACUUGCUUAAAGCAAUUUUUUUCACUUUUCCAUUUAUUCAUCUUCUCUACCAAAUGUUGCUGUGUCAAAAUGUUGGUGAAAGAGUGUCACUUCUGAACUUGUAACUUUAAAAGUAGGAAAUCGCAUUUCUUAUUUUUGUCACUUAUUUGCAACUUUUUUUGCUCUUAUCAUUUCAAUUUCAUUGCUUUUACUAUUUAUUGAUUUACAAUGUUGUUUGAUAUGCUCAUAACUCACAUUCAAUACCAAUUUAUUUUAAUCUUUGACUGUUUUCAGAACAAAUGUUGUGUGAAAUCAAAAGACAUCGAACCAUAGCACAGUCACUGCUUGAUACUAGAGUCCUCUAUUUAUCUUACUUGAAUAAUAACCAGCGCUUUUUGUAGUUUGAUUGUGGUUUUACCAAAGAAAAAAUCAAUCUGUUAUUAAUCAACAUUUAGUCGGGCAGUAGUUUUAGAAAUUUUAAUGACAAUACUUUCAUUAUAACUUCAUGGAAGAAAACUUACUCUCUAUUUUUUGUUGUUGAUUAGGGUUCCACAGUAUUAUUUUGCCUUUAUAAAUUAUUGCCAAAAUGUCCUAUAUUUUUGCGUCCAGGGUAAAUGUAAUGUUUCAUUAAGAAACAGUUUUGUAUUUUAUGAUGCUAGUCCUGUUAUACCCUCUUGCCUUGUCAAUUGAAAAAUUUAUUUAAUUCGAAUGUUCAGAGUUGAGAUGAAGAGCGUUCUUGUCAAGUUCGAAAUGUCUAAUGCUCACCUCUCACUAUGUUACCAUCCUGUACAAUUAUGUUGACACGUGUUGUUGUUGUUGUUUUAAAUUUUAUUCUUGGUGAUAUUUUGUUUGUGCUCAAUUCAGGAUGCGUUGAUUAAUGUGUUUCACAAUUAUAUGCCAAUUUGCUCACAAAA